AUGAAAGCCACCAUCCUAGCUACUAUCGCUUUGGCGGCAUGCAGUGCGGCCAGCCCCUUGGGCAGCGCUCACCAAGCCCGAGGCCUCCUUGGAGCUUCAUCCGAGCCUUGCGACUGUGACUCGGGCGACGAUGGCAACACUCCUGAGGUACCAUCUCUGCCUCCUUCGGAGGGCCCUGGUCCCCUUCCAGUUCCAGUCCCGGUUCCUGGUCCUGGUGGAGUUCCACCCGUUCCUGGCAUUCCUGGAUUGCCUGUUCCUGGUGUUCCUGGGUUGCCGGUUCCUGGAAUUCCUGGGUUGCCUACUCCCGGCCUUCCUACGGUCCCUGGACACCCGAACGAUCCUGAAGACCCAGAGGAUCCCGAAGACUGUGACGACCCUGAGGAUCCAGAGGACCCAGAAGAUCCUGAGGAACCUUCCAAGGGCGGUUGUGACGACGACGGCUGCCACGGAACCGGACACCUCAUCCAGGACCUUGGCCCGCAACUCAACGACGUCCUGACCAUUGUUGGUGAGCACACCGAGGAGCUCUUGCUCAAGCUCAGCCCCGGCGUUGCUGGUCUUCUGACCGGACUCGGCCUCCCUGGCUUGGGCCAGCCCGUUGGUCACAUCAUUAAGAGCGCUGCCACCAUUGGCGAGCUCAUCGCAGACUUGGGUGAGCCCGUCGAAUGCCUCUUGACCGUUGUGGGACAGGACGGUGGAUUCCUGUUGAUUGAGCUCGAGCCCUCCAUCACCGGACUCCUCACCGGACUCGGACUUCCUAGUAUCGCUCAGCCCGUGGGCAGCAUCGUCGGCACCGUCGGCCAGCACCUCAAGCGUGGCGAUGGACUCCUCGAGGACCUUGCCCCCGUUGUGAACUGCGCUCUCAAGGUUGUCGGCGAGGACUCCAAGAUUCUCCUCAUUGCCUUGAGCCGGCCCAUCGCUAACCUGCUCACUGGCUUGGGUCUCGGUCAGCUUGCCGAGCCUGUCGGCACUGUCAUCCAGUCUGCGGCCACCGUGGGUGAUCUCGUCUACGACUUGGGUGACCCUGUGGAGUGCAUUCUGACCAUCAUCGGUGAGGACGGAGGUGCUCUACUGGUUCAACUUUCUCCUUCCAUCGCCGGUCUUCUUAUCGGGCUCGGACUGCCCGGUGUUGGUAUCCCUGUUGGCCAGGUGGUGCAGACCCUUGGCGAGGCCUUGUAGGACUCGAUCAGCGGUCUGAUGGAUCUACAUGUGUAUAUAAAUGAAUCUGAACGACUAUCUAUCUCAUCGAGACCAAAGACGAGAAAGUCAAGACAUUCACACAAUUAUCUCACAAUGGCUAAGUCACCGCAAGAUCUUGAAAUCGCCAUUCUGGGCGCUGGUAUGGGAGGGCUUACAUGCGCCCUGGCCCUCGCCCAAGAAGGCUUCAAGAAUAUCGAUGUCUAUGAAUCGGCCUCGGACCUGGGCUUCGUUGGAGCGGGUAUCCAACUGGCGCCGAACAUGGCCCGAGUGCUGGACCGCCUGGGCGUAUGGAAGGGAAUUGAAGCCGAGGCCGUAAAUAUCGAAGAGACCAGCGUACGAGUGGGUGCCACCGACUCGGAGUUGGCGCAUGUUCCGCUGCAAUAUAUCAAAGACACCUAUGGAUACCCGCACAUGGUUGGCCACCGGUCAUCGUUGUCCAACGGACUGUACCAGGGCUGUCUCCGCUACCCGAACAUCAAGUUCCAUUUCUCCACGUCUGCCGCGGACGUCGACUCGUUCGGCCCCCGGCCCUCCUUCACAGCGACGCCGCGCGACUCCAGCCAGGCGCCGUACCGCGUCGAGGCGGACGUGCUGCUGGGCGCCGACGGCAUCAAGAGCAACACGCGGGUCGCCAUGAUGGACAAGCUGGGCAUCCAGACCGGCGUGAAGGAUACGAACCAAGCGGCAUACCGAAUCAUGAUCCACAAGGACCAGAUCAAGGACGACCCGGAGCUCCUGGCGCUGAUCAACGGGACCAAGGUGACGCGCUGGAUCGGCGAGAAGCGGCACAUCAUCGCCUACCCCGUGUCCAACAACACCAUCUACAACCUCUCCACCGUGCAGCCCGACACCAACUUUGCGGCCGCCACCAACGCCACCUACACGACGCGCGGAUCCAAGAAAACCAUGUUGGAGGUCUUCGGCGACUUCUGCCCCAUGGUGCAGCGCAUGCUGAGCUACGUCCCCGAGGGCGAGGUCUGCGAAUGGAAGCUGCGCGUCCACGAGCCCCUGGAGACUUGGACGCACGAGUCCACCGCGCUGGUCGGCGAUGCUUGCCACCCGACGUUGCCUCAUCUUGCGCAGGGAGCCGCGCAGGCCAUUGAAGACGGCGCCGUGAUUGCCAUCGCGUUGUCCCUGCUACCGGAUACGACCCCCGCCUCGAUCGCGAAGGCGCUAAAGGUAUACGAGAAGGUUCGUAAGGAGCGGGCAUAUGCGCUGGUCGAGCUGGCGGCUGCAUCGGGUCGCGCUCUUCAUCUGGGUGACGGCGCUGCCAAGGAGGAGCGAGACAAGCAGUUCGCGGCGUUGAAGAAGGGCAACGGACCCGUUCCGGAUAAGUGGGCCGAUGCGGAUGUGCAGAAGAUCAUCUAUGGCUUUGAUUGCCAGCAGGAGACGCGGGAGAAGUUCAAUGAGUAUUUCGCGUAA